AAAUGGGAGUGAAUUUUAGAGUAGUCGAGGAGUCUCCGGAUAUCGUAAUUUUGUUUGGUAUAUAAAUAGUAACACUUCAUGGUUUCUCGCAGUUAACAGCCUUCUUUGACAACAGGUGUUAUUACUAUGAAUCCUUUUGCUGUUAUUCUUGCACUUUGCUGUCUAGCACACGCUCGUCCCGGCUUUGAGCAUCAAGGCCACCAUCUUGAAGGAGUCCCAAAUGAGUCACAUUAUGGAAAACUGCACUACCCCAAAUACGACAUUAUCCACUUAGGCAGUGCCAUCAAAGACACUCUACCUCCUGCAGUAGUUGAAAUCACCAAAAAAGUUGUAAUCAAAGAACCCAAACCGUAUCCUGUUAAAGUACCUUUUCCGGUACCCCAUCCUGUCGAAGUCCCCAAACCCUAUCCCGUAGUACACACUAAACUCAUCAAAGUACCUCAUCCAGUCCCUGUAGAAAUAAUUAAGAAGGUUCCUGUCGCUUUUGAAGUUCCCAAGCCUUUCCCAGUACCAGCCGAAGAAUUUAAGGGUCAUCACGGAGGAUCUGAAGGUUCCUUUGGAGGUUCAUUUGCUGGUCAUGAACAAUUUGGGCAUCAACAAUUAAACGAAGUUCACGAAGGGAACCAAGAAGGUGGAGGUCAGGAAGGAGGCUUUGAUGGAGGCUUCCAAGGGGGUGAACACACAGGAGGCUUCUCAGAACAAGACCAAUCGGGGGCUUAUGGUACCCAAGUCCACGCUCAAGCCCAACAAUUUGGGUGGGUACCCAUACAAAUGGUGGCUGGUGAACAGCAGGCGCAGGAACAACAUCAAGGGUCGUAGUAAACCAAAAUUGUAGCUUUAUAUAUUGUUUUCGUUAUUUUGUUUUAAAUAAAUUUAUUUUUCUAAA